AUGUUAUGGGAAAGCGGUAUCACUAGUCGGCUGGACUGAAAUUUGUCGGGAUUGUGGACGGAUUUGAUUGCCUCUUGUUCAAAAUGAAUCAUAACGAACAAAAGUUUCUACGCUAGUAUACAACUUGGACUUACUCUACUAAUGUUGACGAUUCAACCUCACCAGGUUAUGCCCUGUAUUAGCUCAUCUUUCUGCAAAGAGCACUGCCUGUCUAAGCCUCAUCAGCCAUUCAUAUUACCCACAGUCUGUCAUUGACCUAGACAAUAUGGACUUAAGCUAAUGGUUGGCCCUUUACUACAUCGAAGCUUCUCAUUUGUCCUUUGCUAUCUUUGAAACUUAGAAAGAAGAUCUAGCCAUUAAGACCUAUUACAAUGUAAUUAUUAGGGUACUUGUGUUCCUGCUUUCCCCACCAGCUGCAAACAUGGUUUCAUGCUAAGCAAGGAUCUGGUAUAGACAAUACAAUUCUGAACGCAGUGACUGGAGGCCUUCAGGUCUCCUCUAAAGUUAUGCAGUCUUCAGAGGAGUUGUUCAACAGGAAACCGAGAUCUUUGACUGCAAACAAAGAAACUCCAGCUACCAGCCUGCAGUGCAAGCCUAAUGGGGAAGGAGAAGUCAACAGCACAUUUAGUAUGCCUAAAAUGGGGGUGCAUGCCAGGAUAUCACACUGGCCACCGAAAAAGGGGUGUGAGAAUCUAUGUGGAUCAAACUAUGAGAGAGAUAUUAAGGCCUUUCAAAAUGGACAAACACACCAAAGCACAGAGAUCACUGAUGGGAAUGAAGCACGGUUGGAACUUGAUCACCCUGACAUGAAAUAUUCACUGAGUGACAUAUUGAAUCAGUCUUCUUUAGAGGGACUUUAUCCUAUUCGACAGCGAAGCAACAGUGAUGUGACUAUCAGUGAUAUAGAUGCUGAGGACAUUAUACAUCAAAAAGCUGUCAACCCCAACACUGGUGCCUCUUUGCAUCGGGAGUAUGGCAGCACUUCCUCUAUUGACCAACAAGGUCUAAGUGGGGAUGGACUCCUUGCACGGUUAAAGGGUUGCAGAGUAGAUAAAUUGGAUCAUCUGAACACACACCCAACUUGUUUUCCAGAUCUGCGUUACAAUAGUGCUUUCUCAUCUAGUUUGCAGACUGCAGCUCAGAUAGCACGUGGAGAGUUAAUUUGUAUCUCAGGCUACAACUACAUAGGCAGUUCCCUUCUUUACAGUCAAGAAAGGGACAAGUCCUUCACACAUCGGCUCAAGGCAGAGUCAUCUGAGACAUCUUUCUUCCGGAAGUUGAGAACUAUUAAAAGCGAGCAUGAUAGUCUCCGGUUCACAUUAGAGCAAGAGGAACGGCGGUCUCUAGGAGUCCCUAAAUGCUUUUCUCACUAUGAUGUGCAGAGUGCACUCUUUAAUGUUAGUGAUGCAGUGGCAAAUCAAGUCAGCCUUGGUCAUAGAAAGAACACUACGACUGGUGCCUCGGCUGCUUCACAGUAUCAAGUCCCAUUCACUGCCACAGCUUGUGGAAAUACAGUAUGUGGGACUACACCAAUGUUUGAGUCUUCACUGGGCAGUCAUGUAGAGUUGAACCCUAAACAGAAUCUUGAGACAGAUGAAGGUGAUGGAAAGAGCAAUGAGCUAGUGUUAAGCUGCCCACAUUUCCGGAAUGAGAUUGGUGGUGAGGGUGAAAGGAAGAUUUCUCUGUCUAGGGCAAACAGUGCCAACUGCAGUGCAGGAGAAAGCUGCUCCUUUGAGUCUUCAUUAAGCUCUCACUGCACCAAUGCUGGUGUAUCUGUGCUGGAGGUACCUCGUGAAAACCAACCAGUCCAUCGUGAAAAAGUGAAGCGAUACAUAAUUGAGCACAUUGACUUGGGGGCAUACUAUUACCAUAAAUAUUUCUAUGGAAAAGACCAGCAGAACUACUUUGGCAUGGAUGAGAACCUGGGUCCUGUGGCUAUCAGUCUGCGACGAGAAAAGCUUGAAGAGAAGAAGGAGAAGGAGGGGUCACUGUACAAUUACCGUAUUAUCUUCAGGACUAGUCAGCUGACUACUCUUCGAGGAGCAAUUCUGGAAGAUGCAGUGCCUUCUACAGCAAGGCAUGGCACAGCCCGUGGCCUCCCAAUGAAGGAGGUGAUGGAGUAUGUAAUUCCUGAGCUCAACAUUCAAUGCCUCCGAUUGGCUCUCAAUUCCCCCAAAGUCCCUGAACAGCUUCUGAAGCUGGAUGAGCAGGGGCUAAGUUUCCAGCACAAGGUGGGUGUGUUGUACUGCAAGGCAGGUCAGAGCACAGAGGAAGAGAUGUACAAUAAUGAGAGUGCUGGACCGGCACUGGAGGAAUUCCUGGACCAGCUCGGACAGAGAGUGCAACUAAAAGGCUUCAAUAAAUACAAAGCACAGCUAGAUAAUAAGAUGGACUCAACAGGGACCCACUCACUCUACACUACCUACAAGGACCAUGAACUAAUGUUUCAUGUGUCCACUCUUCUACCCUACACACCUAACAACAGACAACAGCUACUCAGAAAGAGACACAUUGGAAAUGACAUCGUCACCAUUGUGUUUCAAGAGCCAGGAGCUCUGCCCUUCACACCUAAAAACAUUAGAUCUCACUUCCAGCAUGUUUUUGUUAUUGUUAAAGUCCACAAUCCAUGCAGUGAAAAUGUUUGCUACAGUGUUGCUGUAUCAAGAUCAAAAGAUGUGCCUCUCUUUGGUCCACCAAUUCCUAAAGGUGUGACCUUCCCAAAGUCAUCUGUUUUUAGGGACUUCCUUCUUGCCAAAGUAAUCAAUGGUGAGAAUGCAGCGCACAAGUCAGAAAAGUUCUAUGCUAUGGCUACCCGAACCCGCCAAGAGUACCUUAAAGACUUAGCUGAGAACUUUGUGAGCACAGCUAAUGUGGACUCAGCUCUGAAGUUCAGCUUCAUCACAUUAGGUGCAAAGAAAAAAGAGCGAGUCAUACCACGUAGGGAUGCCCACCUCCACAGCAUAGGAGCCAUCAUGUGGCGUGUGGUGGCAUGGGAUUUUAACCAGUCAGUUGAUGUUCAUUGCCUGCUGGGCAUAUCCAGUGAGUUCAUUGUGCUGAUCGAGGAGGACUCAAAGAAUGUGGUCUUUAACUGUUCAUGCCGUGAUGUAAUAGGAUGGACAUCCACCAUCAUGAGCAUUAAGGUAUACUAUGAACGUGGUGAAUGUAUAAUGUUCUCAACCCAGGAAGGCUUUGAAGAAGACAUCAGGCAAAUAGUCCAGCGGCUUGAGAUAACCACCCAUGGCUGUGAGACCACACAAAUGGCACUUCGCCGGAAUGGCUUGGGACAGCUGGGGUUUCAUGUCAACUUUGAAGGCAUUGUGGCUGAUGUUGAGGCCUUUGGAUUUGCAUGGAAAGCAGGUCUGCGCCAGGGAAGCCGCCUAGUGGAGAUUUGCAAGGUGGCCAUAGCCACACUUACUCAUGAGCAAAUGAUCGACUUGCUACGCACUUCCAUCACAGUCAAGGUGGUGAUUAUUCAGCCUCAUGAGGAUGGUACUCCCAGAAGAGGUUGUUCGGAGUUAUACCGCCUUCCCAUGGUGGAAUACAAGCUGGAUGGUGAAGGCACACCCUGUGAGUAUAAGACCCCAUUCAAGAGGAACACCACCUGGCAUCGAGUGUCAACUACUCCAGGGGGCCAGCCCCUGCAUCAAGGCUCACACAGUCAGGGUCCUGAACAAGUGCAAUGCCAAUCCAUCUCUCAACAGAUUGAGAUAUCCAUCCCACGCAGCACGUCCUUUGACAGAAAACUACCAAACAUCUCCAGGAUGAUACAUGAUCUGGAAAACUCACAGUUAUCCUGUAAUAAGACACAGGCCAACCAACACUGCCGUAGCUCUCCCAGCAAUCAGUCUGCAUCGAGUGACCCAGGGCCAGGUGGCAGCACAACUUGGAUUCAUCAAGCAGGAUAUAAUGGGUGUCAUUCGCCUGUUUUGCAUGAGCAGUCCUCUAACGCUUCUGCUCAAGGCACAGGAGGUGGUGAAAGCAUGAAAGAGAAGCACCCAGACAGGGUAUGCUCUGCAGAAGCCAAGUGGCACACUUCAUGUACAAAGAUCUUCAACUCUGUGAAUGAGAGAGGCCAGGACUCACCUAACAGACUGGCCAGGGUUGGAGAUAGGACCUCCAGCCACUCAAGCAGCAACACACUGUCGAGCAGUGCCUCGAGCAGCAAUAGUGAUGAAAAUCACUUUGGUUCAGGUGACCUGAUCGACCAAGAAUUGUUGGGCAUCACUUGUAUCAAAGGAGCCUCCACUGACAGUGGAAUAGAUACAACACCCUGCUGUGCAGCAGUUCUACCCACGGGAAAUCCCCUUUCAAUCAUGGCACAUGUGGUGGUAGAAGACCAGGCAGCAGUGGUCUGGGGACACACUUGGGCUCGGGAGCACCCAGUGAACAGAGAUGAGAGACCUGUACAGCUGUACCCGUCUCAGAGUUAUAUCAUGACGAGACACAAAAGCAUGGAAGGCAGCAUGUUAAACCUGAGAGAUCUUUCCUCACACAAUAGACAGCUGUACUUGGUGGAGGCAGCAUGUCAUAUCCAAGAAGGAGAAAUAGAGAGGGGAAAAAGGGAGCAGUCAGACAUGAAACAGGAAUACGCGACGAAGGUUAUACUUACAGACAGCCUGCCUGGAGAGGAGAUCUGCAGGAAGGCUUUGGUCUCUGAAAUUCCACUUCCUUGCCAUGUACUCUACCGCACUCUGUCAGAAGAGAGUCUGUGCAGUAAUCGCAAAAGCUCAUCCUAUGCCAGCUCCCGUAGUUCAGUGCUUGACCAGGUUCUACCAAAUGAUAUAUUGUUCAGCAGCACUCCACCUUACCACAGCACUCUCCCCUCUCGGAUUGGCCGCAGCCAGACUGUUUCCAACCUUCGGAAUGAGAUCUGGUUUUCUGAUGGCUCCUUGGCAGACAGGUCAAAGCUUAGUGAUCCAGGACUUCUGCCCCUUCCUGACACUGCAAAAGGGCUGGACUGGUCCCAUCUUGUUGAUGUUGCACGUGCCUUUGAAGAUCAGAAUAUGGCUUCUGUUUACAACAUGACUGACAGGCAAGGAGCUAAACCUGUAAAGAUCACUCAAGAGCCCCUCACUGUAAUGGAAGGAGCUAUGCUACAGCCUGGAAAUGGUUCAUCUGCCACUCUGACUGGUAAAGUCAACCAACUAGAAGACAUCUUGAAGCAGCUCCAACAUGACUUAAGAAAGGAGAAAGAGGAUAAAGCCGUCUUGCAGGUGGAGGUACAACAUCUUCGACAAGAUAAUAUCCGUCUGCAGGAGGCAAGUCAAACAGCAGCUACCCAACUCAGGAAAUUCACAGAAUGGUUCUUUAAUACUAUUGAAAAGACCCCUGAGAACAACUGAGCCUAUUGUCUUAGCUAAGUAAAUAGGUGACCCUAUAAGUGUGUGUAUAAGUGUGACUGUUCAAAUGUUAAAGAGAACCUGUUGGCAGGGUAGUUAAGCUGAAGUUGAGCACUUUGUGUCUAUUCUAACAGACUGCUGGAUUUUCUGGAAAUGGAAAAUGGAAUGAGGGUUUUGAAAGAAACAUUAUUAAUACUGUUCAAUUAGUAAAGGUGAAUGCUUGGAAAUUUAAAUGAAAAAGAAAAUGAAUGUAAUUCACUCAAGACCUACUUUUCCUUGCCAGAUUAUUCAUAUAUCUGACCCUUUAUUUUCUUUGUUUUUUUUUUUGUUUUUUUUUGUUGACAUUCAGCAUUGUAAGAUGAAGUGCUGCUGUUAUGGCACUAGCACUGUCAUAAAUUUGGAUCAGAAUUUUAUAGGCAUUUUUCAAGAAAAAAGUUUAUAACCACAGAUAUGAGAUACAUCCAAGCAAUGAUGUAGUAGAAGUGAUGUAGUUCCUAUUACAGUUGCAAAUGUUUAGUAUUUAAUUCUUAUGCCUAAAAAAGGCUAGGCGUGUUUAUAUAAAUUAUUUAUCUCUUAUUUGAUUUAUCAUUAUCUGCAGUGUGCAUAUGAAUAUGAACCUGUCUAUGGCUCACUAAAUUCCAGUGUGUGCCUGUCUGGGUCUUUGUGUAUUUUAUUUUUUUUUUUUGUUAUUUCAGUGGUUUUUAUAGAAUUUUCAUUACUCUGUGAGACAGUGAACCAAACUCACAAUGCCAAAAUGUGUAUUAUAUUUGUGCCUCAGUUGAACUGGCUUGUGUCUAACAGCUAUUUGUGGUUAUUUAAUAUCUAAUUUUGUUUAUUUCAUUUAUAAAGAUAUAUUUGCUAUUGAACUUGGAAUUGAAGAGGCUCUGAUAAGGCUGGAGUGAAAUGUGGAUGUUUCAUCAGGGCUGUGUUGAGUAUAUUUUUUUCUUUUUUUCUAUUCCAACAUUUGGAUGCUGCUAGAUUUUUUUGGUUGGUUGUUUUUUGUUGUUGUUGUUGAUUUUGUUAGUUAGAUUCUUCUGUUUUUAGAAAAUGUUGAAUGUAAUUACAAUUUUGGUAGUUUAUACAAAUUGCUAUUUUAGACGUAGCUAAUUGUUGAUAGAUUAAUUAUUGUUAUAGAUUAAGAUUGAAAAGCACUGGUUUGGUAUUGAAUUCCCUAAUGGAUUGGUGCCUGGUGCUUACUGUCAUUGUAUAUUUAAUAUUUUUAGACAUAUUUUUUCAUCUUUUCAACUGACAUAAAUAUACUUACAAAUGGGGGAAUCUGUUUAGAUGGACUUACAAUUUCACAAUUAGCUAUGGUGUAUGAACGGUCAACCUUUUUUUUAAUUGUUUCUACCAUUUAUUUCAAAUAAAACACAUUUCUGUCUA